AAACAUUAGGUACAAGGAUUGCAACAUUAUAUCCGUCUGUCUUUCUUUUUUGUAAAAAAAAAUUGCAUCGUGAGAUUCUUGUGAGUUGUGACAUGGCUGGAAAUAAUACCGAAGAAGUAGAGGGGUCUGCGACGACAGAGACCAAAAGCAGCACCAAUGCCGAGGUCCCGCCCGAGUUCCUGAUCAAGCACCCUCUUCAGAACACCUGGAGCCUGUGGUUCUAUGAUAAUGACAGGAACAAGACAUGGGAGGAGAACCUAAUUGAAUUAACUACUUUCGAUACGGUGGAAGAUUUCUGGAGAUUGUACCACCACAUCAAGCUGCCUUCAGAGCUGCGUCAAGGUCACGACUAUGCAGUCUUUAAGCAGGGCAUCCGUCCUAUGUGGGAGGACGACGCUAACAAGAUGGGCGGCCGGUGGCUUAUCAGUCUCGAAAAGAAGCAACGCAACUCUGAUCUUGACCGUUUCUGGUUAGAUGUGGUUCUCCUGCUUAUUGGCGAAAAUUUCGACCACUCUGACGAAAUCUGUGGCGCUGUUGUUAACGUUAGAGCAAAACUCGACAAAAUUGGAGUUUGGACAGCCGACACUUCUAAACAGCACGCCAACAUCGAAAUCGGCAGAAAAAUUAAAGAGCAGCUCGGCAUCCAUGGGAAAAUCGGCUUCCAAGUACAUCGGGACACCAUGGUGAAACAUAGUUCUGCCACUAAGAAUCUGUACACUGUUUAGUUACUAUUUAUAGUUCGUGCACUGAUUAAACAGCCGUAUGGGGUAGCUGGGUACAGUGUCUUAUGAAUGUUGUUUGUGAAAGGCGAGAUGUUAUUACGUGCUUGACGAAUUGACUAAAAUUAUUCAUAUACAUUAGGUAUUACUUUACAUUUUAGUCAAUUUGGCAGCCAACAUUGUGCGCUCGAAUUGCCCUCCUUUUCAGUUAAUUCGAUUUUUUGAAUUCGAGAAAAGGACCCGUGAUUAAAACAAUAUUUGUAAGUAAGCGUCGUGAUGUUUUAGCAAUACAUAAGCUAUCUCAUACAUUGUUGUUGUGUUUUCUAACCAUUGAAUAGCUACCAGGAGUAUGAUAUUUAGGUUGAUUUUAAGGAGUUGUCUCACAUAAUUUAUCUAUUAAUAACGGCAUGUUACCUCUGUGGAUAGAAAACUUUAAAUUUAAGUCUGACUUUUGUACUAAAGUUGUGCAUUAGUUGUAAUCUAUUUGGUGUUAUUGUGUCAAACUGUACUUGUUGGUUGCAGGCAAACAAAUUCUUAGUAUUAAAAAGAAGGUAACAUAUUUUUACAUCUUGUAGCACUUUAAUUAUUUUAUUGAUAAAACACCGCUUAUAUUACGUUAACACUUCUGUCUGUUGUCAGUCAUAUUGUAACAGCAUUUCAACGAUGCAAGUAUAUUAUAAAACAUUAAAUACCAUUUUAUAUAAAAAAUCUUAA